AUGAUCCCCAGAACAAUGGUUUCCAACGAAGUUUACCUGUUGCCGCUCAAGGACGAUGGCUCGCCUGACGUGCCUGGCGAGUACAUUUACAUUGCACCCAAGUCGAAAGAUCCAGUAACCAUCCGCUUUGCCAUCGAGGGCACUUCCAGCAUCUGCAGCCAUGGCAGCUUGUGGGUGAACAUCCCUGAGCACGGCCAGCAGUUCCAGCGGAACAAGUUCCGCGAGUUCAAGCUCGUCCCUGACUUCAACCGCACGCUCGAGAUUUCGAUUCCGAUUUACGAGGCUGGCGCAUACGCCUUCUACACCACAUAUGCCGAACUCCCUGAUUUGGCUAGCAACCUGGUAAACGCCGACGGAACCGUCACCAAGGCCACUCAGAAAAAGACACCAGUCUACUAUAUCGAUGUCGCACCUAGGCUCUCGCUGGACGGGCAGCCGCUGCCAAUUCCGGCGCUAUCCAUCUUCUCCAUUAUCAGCAAGUUCAUGGGCAAGUACCCAACAGACUGGGAACGCCACCUACGGGGAAUCAGAAACCGAGGAUACAACAUGAUCCACUUCACACCACUGCAGGUACGAGGUGCAUCAAACUCGCCAUACAGCUUGUAUGAUCAACUGGGCUGGGACCCAGCUUGCUUCCCCGCGGGCGAGCCCGAUGUCCAGAAGAUGGUGGAAAGUCUGGAGAAGAACCACUCACUGCUCAGCUUGACGGACAUUGUCCUCAACCACACUGCACACAACAGCGAGUGGCUUUUGGAGCACCCCGAGGCCGGUUACAACUUGACGACUGCGCCAUGGCUCGAGUCCGCUUACCUUCUCGAUACCAAGCUGCUCGAGCUUGGUACCAGAUUGGAGGAGCUUAGCCUCCCCACUGAGCUCAAGGACGUCGAUGAUUUGGUCAAGAUUAUGGACGCCAUCAAGAAGGAGGUCAUUGCUCAGAUCCGUCUCUGGGAGUACUAUACUCUCGAUGUGGAGCGCGACGCUGAUGCCGCGGCUGAGGCUUGGGUUGCCAACGAGACUGACUUCCCACAAGGAUCCAUUGGAGCUGGCGGUAUCGACGCUCUUCACUCCGCUACACCUAAGGAGCAAGCAGAGUUCUUGACCAAGCAUGGUCUGCAGAACAUGGAUUAUCUCGGUGAGCGCUUCAGGCGGAGGGUUAACCCCAAGGUGGCUGCCGCUCUUUUGUCUGCCCUCUUCGGCCGGUACGAAGGGGAGACUAAGGACACUGCCGACCAGGCAGCUGCCAGGAACAAGAUUGUUGAGAUCCUAGAGAUUGUCAACGUUCCAUUUUACAAGGAGUAUGACGACGAAGUUGCCGAAAUCUUGCAGCAGCUCUUCAACCGCAUCAAGUACGUCCGCCUCGACGACCAUGGCCCCAAGUUUGGGCCUAUCAACGCCGAGAACCCCCUGAUCGAGACGUACUUCACGCGUCUUCCCGUCAACGAGAAGACGAAGAAGCACAAGAAAGAAGACCUUGUUCUUGCGAACAACGGAUGGGUAUGGGGCGGAAACGCGCUGGUCGACAACGCCGGCCCCAACUCUCGUGUCUACCUUCGCCGCGAAGUCAUUGUCUGGGGAGACUGCACAAAGCUCCGUUACGGCAACGGUCCUGAAGACAGCCCAUGGCUGUGGGAGCACAUGACCAAGUACGCCCGUAUGCUGGCCAAGUACUUCGCCGGUUUCCGCAUCGACAACUGUCAUUCCACUCCUCUUCAUGUUGCCGAGCACAUUCUGGACGAGGCUCGUCGUGUUCGUCCCGAUCUCUAUGUCGUUGCCGAGCUUUUCACCGGUUCCGAGGAGAUGGAUUACGUCUUUGUCAAGCGCCUGGGUAUCAGCGCCCUGAUUCGUGAGGCCAUGCAGGCAUGGAGCACUGGCGAGCUCAGUCGUCUGGUUCAUCGCCACGGAGGUCGCCCCAUUGGUAGCUUCGAGGUCGAUGAAAUCACAAGCAACGAGGGUGGGUCAUCAUCCAUCAGCAGCACGAAUGGAGAUGGCGUCUACACCCGUGAGGUCAUCCGCCGUAUCAGGCCAGUUCCCGUACAAGCACUAUUCAUGGAUUGCACUCAUGACAAUGAGGUUCCUGCUCAAAAGCGUGAUGCCCGCGACACGCUCCCUAACGCAGCCCUGGUCGCCAUGUGCGCCAGCGCUACCGGCAGUGUGAUGGGAUACGACGAGAUUUACCCCAAGCUUGUUGACUUGGUUAGCGAGACCCGUCUUUACACUUCCGAGGCAUCCAAGGCUCCCGUCAAGACGGGAGAGGGUAAAGGUGGAAUUGCGGGUGUCAAGAAGCUUCUCAACCAGAUCCACACCUUGAUGGGCAUGGAUGGCUACGAUGAGACGCAUAUCCAUCAUGAGGGCGAGUACGUCACUGUCCACAGAGUUCAUCAGGAGUCAAGGAAGGGCUACUUCCUCAUUGCCCACACUGCGUUCCCCGGUUAUGGAAAUGGCAACGGCGCUUUCAACCCUGUUCAUCUGACCGGUACAAAGGCUCGCCACCUCGGUAGCUGGAUGCUUGAGGUUGAUGCUAGCAAGGAAGCUGUUGAGGAGGUUCUGAGCGAUAAGAAGCACCUUCGCGGUCUUCCCAGCCGUCUGAUUGGUCUGCCUGGCGUACGGAUGGAAGUGAAGGGUCAAGAUACCAUCAUCACCGUCCGUGAAAAGUUCCCUCCCGGAAGUAUUGCUCUCUUCGAGACCUGGAUCCCGGCGGCGGAGCACUCGAGCGGUUUGGACAACUUUGUCACCUCUGGCGCGAAGGCCGCAAUGGAGGAGCUUGAUCUUGUCGACCUCAACUUCCUGCUGUACAAGUGCGAGCCCGAAGAGCGUGAUGCCAGCGAAGGCCAGGAUGGUACCUACGACAUCCCCGGCCACGGCAAGAUUGUGUAUGCUGGCUUGCAAGGUUGGUGGAGUAUCCUCAAGGAUGUCAUCAAGGACAACAACCUCGCACAUCCUCUGUGCCAGCAUCUUCGUGACGGCCAGUGGGCUCUCGACUACAUUAUUGGGAGACUCGAGCGCGCCUCGAAGAAGGAGGAGUACCGCCGGUUGGCCAAGCCUGCGCGGUGGUUGAAGGAGCGCUUCGACGCUAUUCGCCCCAUCCCAAGCUUCUUGCUUCCCAGAUACUUCGGUCUUGUUCUUCGUACUGCCUAUCUCGCGGCCUUUGAGCGCGGUAUCUCCCUGAUGGACAGCAACGUCAUUAAGGGCCAAUGGUUCUUGCAGAGUUUGGCCAUGGUCAGCGUUCAGCAGACUGGUCUUGUCAAGUCGGCGUCACUAUACCCUAACAGGCUCGUUCCGUCGCUUGCUGCGGGUCUUCCUCACUUUGCUGUCGAGUGGGCUCGCUGCUGGGGUCGUGAUGUGUUCAUUUCCCUCCGUGGCUUGUACCUCGGUACAGGUCGUUACGCCGAGGCCAGAGAGCACAUCCACGCCUUCGCCAGCGUGCUUAAGCAUGGCAUGAUUCCCAACCUCCUAGGAAGCGGCAACAACCCCAGAUACAACUCCAGAGAUUCUGUUUGGUUCUUCCUGCAGUGCAUCCAGGACUACACCCGUCUGGUUCCCAAUGGCUUGUCGAUCCUGGGCGACAAGGUCAAAAGGCGCUUCCUCCCUUACGACGAUACCUACUUUGACGUCAAUGAUGAGCGUGCGUACAGCAAGGAGAGCACCAUCGCCGAGAUCAUCCAGGAAGUCUUCCAGCGCCACGCCGAGGGCAUGAAGUUCCGUGAAGCCAAUGCCGGCCCCAACUUGGAUAUGCAGAUGAGCGACGAGGGUUUCAACCAGGAGAUCAAGGUUGAUUGGAGCAACGGCUUCAUCUUUGGUGGCAACCAGGCCAACUGCGGUACCUGGAUGGACAAGAUGGGCGAAAGCGAACGCGCUGGUUCCAAGGGCGUUCCAGGAACUCCCAGAGACGGUGCUGCCGUUGAGAUCACGGGCAUGCUGUAUAGCAACCUAAAGUGGGUGGCUUCUCUCAAUGAAGCCGGCAAGUUCAAGCACUCCCGCGUAAAGAAGGCCGAUGGCACUGAGAUUGCCCUGAAGGACUGGGCUGCGCUCAUCAAGGAGAACUUUGAGCGUUGCUACUUCGUCCCCAUUUCCCCAGAUGAGGACUCCAAGUAUGAUGUUAAUCCGGCAAUCAUCAACCGCCGUGGUAUCUACAAGGAUCUCUACCGCUCCGGCAAGGAGUAUGAAGACUACCAGCUCCGCUGCAACUUCCCAAUUGCCAUGACAUGCGCUCCUGAACUCUUUGUUCCGGAGCACGCUAUGCAUGCUCUUUGGGUAGCAGACACCGCUCUCCGCGGUCCCACUGGUAUGGCUACGCUCGACCCCAGCGACCUGAACUACAGGCCGUACUACCGCAACAGCGAGGACAGUGACGACUUUGCCACCAGCAAGGGCCGCAACUACCACCAGGGUCCCGAGUGGCUCUGGCCUACUGGUUUCUUCCUUCGUGCGCUGCUCAAGUUUGAUUUGAUGCGUCGUGGCCGUGAUGAUGCCGAGGGCCGCACCGAGGCCUUCCAGCAGGUCACCAGGAGACUAAUUGGAUGCAAGGAGAUGAUUGAGCGGAGCCCAUGGGCUGGACUUACGGAGUUGACGCAGAAGAAUGGAGAGGAGUGCCAUGAUUCGUCUCCCACCCAAGCGUGGUCUUCUGGUUGCUUGAUCGAUCUGUACAUGGAUGCCGCUGAGGAACAAGCCAAGCUUGAGAGGCAGUCGCUGCCCCUGAGAUAG